AUGAACCUGACGGAUGUUAAAGUUCUAUUUAGCACAAUAACUGCAAGCUGCCUGCUAAUCAUACCCUUCAAAACUCACAGCCACACUAAGAUGGGUACUGAAGUGGUAUUGGUAGAUGAAGUUCCUUUUCCUCCUCAGAUCACAACCACCAAGCCAUUGUCUCUGCUGGGUCAUGGGAUCACUGACAUUGAGAUACACUUUCUUCAAAUCAAGUUCACAGCAAUUGGGGUUUACUUAGACCCUGAAGUUGUGUCACAUCUUCAACAAUGGAAGACAAAGAAAGCAAAUGAGCUUGCAGAAGAUGAUGACUUCUUUGGUGCUCUUAUUUCUGCUCCUGUUGAGAAAUUCCUAAGGGUUGUGGUGAUCAAGGAGAUCAAAGGGUCUCAAUAUGGGGUGCAGCUUGAGAGUGCUGUGAGGGAUAGAUUGGCAGCUGAUGACAAGUAUGAAGAAGAGGAGGAGGAAGCCUUGGAGAAAAUUGUUGAGUUCUUCCAAUCAAAGUACUUCAAGAAAGAUUCCACCAUCACAUAUCAUUUUCCAGCAACUUCUGCCACUGCUGAGAUUUCUUUUCACACUGAAGGGAAGGAAGAGUCAAAAAUCAAGGUGGAGAAUGCAAAUGUGGUUGAGAACAUCAAGAAGUGGUAUUUGGGUGGGACUAGAGGGGUGUCUCCUUCAACCAUAUCAUCCUUGGCUAACACACUCUCAGCUGAGUUGACUAAGUGA